ACCGGAGGCACAAUUCAAACGGACGUGUUUCCCCUUGUUGUAGUGUGUCGUGUGUUGUUGCCCUUUUUAAAUCGCCUCCGUUGGUUCUUUAGUUUGAAGCGGCCACCUGCUUUUGUGUUUAGUAUCUGUCAUAAACGUCACCAUGUAAUCAAACAUAUCAUCUCGAUUUUCGAGAAAGAAUCAGACAAAAAUCACAUUGUCAGUUUUCGGCUCAAAUUUUUUUCUUCUUGUGUAUAUUUUUACAUUGUAAGUAAACAAGACUUUUGUAUAACUCCAGCUUCAUUUGCGCCUAAGAACUUUUGAGUUUAUAUUGUGCAUUGGCUUUAUUUAUUUGGAUUAAUAUUAUUAAAAAAUUCUUUUGAGUUCCUCACUCACUGCAGAAAGUACACCUUAUUGGAUUAUCUAUCUCAGACAGGUUGGUCGCCAUGGAGACUGCUGGUCUUCUGGACGAGUCUAUCACCAAGCAACCGGUCCACAUCCGAACUGAUCCCAUUACCGACCACUAUGACGUCGAGGCAAGGCCUUUCGCCAGGGGAAAGUUCGCUUCGGUGAAGCACUGCCGCCACCGUGCCACAGGUGCUGAAUAUGCUGCAAAAAUGAUGCGCAAAAGACGCCGGGCAGUUGACGUCCGCCACGAGAUCGUUCAUGAGAUCCACGUUCUGGAGAUGAGCUUACACCAUCCCAACAUAGUGCAGCUGCACGAAGUGUACGAGUCACCCACAGAGAUCUACCUGGUUCUCGAAUUGGUCGAAGGGGGCGAGCUGCAGCGAGUUCUGGACGACGAAGAGGCUCUAUCAGAGAAAGAGACGACGCACCUUUUGAAACAGAUCCUCGUGGGAGUAUCCUUCCUGCAUGAACACAACAUAGCACACUUGGAUAUCAAGCCUCAGAACCUACUGCUGACGAAGCCGUUCCCCCAGGGCCAAGUGAAGCUGUGCGAUUUCGGCAUCUCUAGGCUCAUCACGCAAGGCAUAGAGGUCAGGGAGAUCGUCGGGACGCCGGACUACGUAGCCCCAGAAGUCCUCCAUUAUGAACCCAUAAGUCUUGCUACUGACAUGUGGAGCAUAGGUGUUCUGACAUAUGUCCUCUUGUCUGGUCACUCCCCAUUUGCUGGAGACACUAAGCAAGAGACUUUCUGUAACAUUACAAGGAACGAAAUCGACUUUCCCAGUGAUUUAUUUGGCAAUGUCUCUAAUAGCGCCAUAGACUUCAUACAGAGACUGCUCAUUCGAAAUCCAAGAGAACGCAUGACUGUCAAAGAGUGUCUUACCCACCCCUGGUUGUCUGGCUGCACUGAGCCCUCUCCAGGUAUUGAACUCACUUUGACACCGGAUAAUGGACUAAAAUCUAAGAAAGGAGCGACUGAAGAGUCUCCCUCUCCUCAUAAAGAGCAGUUGGAUAAUAACAGCUUCCAUAAAAGUCCAGAACCACGGUCCAGUCCAGCCAGAAACAGUGUAGAACACAUGGUAGCCCAGUUUGAAGGACUCUCCAUGUCCAACCGAUUGGUGUUCUCUGAAGAAAUCAUGGUGGAGGAACGUGUUGGUAUGGUUUAUUAGAGACAGUGUGAUAUUUCAGUAAUCCAUUUAGCAACAGCAGAGUAGUCGAAUGAAGAGCAUCAUUAUUUAUAUGAUUGUUUAACUAACCUUCAUGGAAAUGUUUAGAGAAGCUGUCUCUAAUAGAGGACUACUUAAAAUCAAGAUCCCCAUACCUGAAAGAUUUUUUUAUACUUUUGGUUUUAGAGGAGAUAUUGCAUGAAUUGAACUUUUAUACAGUUACAAGUAGUGACUGCAAAACAUGUUAGCAUCCUUUUUUUGUAUGAACAUUUUAACUCCAGUUCCAUUCAAGAGAGACACUUUUUCUACUUUUUAACACUUGAACUGUCAAGAGCUUGGUAUCAAUCUCCUUCAAAAAAAAGAGAAGAGAAAAGUGCUCUAAAUUGUGAUAUUUAAAUCCUUUUUAAUACACUACAUCAAAGAUUUUGCUGUAUAAUAAAAUCCUGUUAUCUAUCCCUUUAUUAUUUUGAAAGUAAUCUUUUCUCUGAUUUUCUGUAUAGCAAAUAUUUAUUAAUUGUCGUCUAACCAUUUAAGUGUUGGUAAAUUUCACAUUAUUUUUGAAUUAAGAAAUUGGCAUGUACAUUGUAGUGUUUGUUUAUAUUUUGAGAGUGUUGCAUGUGUGUAUUUUAUUUCCGCAAGACAGACUCCAGAUUAAUUUUAGAUUUUUUUUUAAAUUUAAAUUCUGAUUAUAUUAUUGCUUGCAGAUCUUGGGGCAUCCAUAAAUUAGCACAAACUUUGAAAUUUUUGGUAGAUAUUGUAGUAUGAAACUGCAAACAUUACAUAUGGUUAAACUGUACAUUUUGUGAUACCUAAAUAUAUUUUUGAAUAACCACAAGAUGCAUAUUAUUUCAUUUCAAUAAACAUGGAAAUCAACAAAUGCUACAUGAAAUGACUUUAAUUGCUAAAAAUAUAAAAAUCAACGAUUAACACCUUUUUAUUAUUAAAAUGUAAACUCGCUUGUACUGUCGUAACAUAAAUCCUAACAUAAGUAGAUAAAAAAGACAAGUCUUAAAAAAUGGCAUUGAUGUAAAAGAAAAAAGUCAAAAAAUUGAAAGCUCAUGGAAACAGGUUACAGCCUCUUGCCAAAACAGUUUUUCGUUUAAAAGAAUAUUACAUAAAAAGUAAAUAAAUUGCUUACAGCUUUAUAAGGACCAGGUUAUUCAAAUUUCACAGAUCCUUCAGUUAGCCAUUUUCUUCCUUUGAUGGCAAGCUUGGAUAAUUUAAACCUAUCUUUACAGGUCUAUCUAUUCAUCAUUCUAGAAUUGAGAUAUGAUGCUUGGCAUGAAAUAAUUUUAACUUGAAGGUACUGUUCUGUUACAAUUUGUAUCCCAAUAUAGAUAAGACUUGCAUCUUACACUUGUAGAUUAGAUGAAUUAAGUAUCAGUUUGCUCGAAAUAUAUUUUGGUCAAACUUAGAGGAUUGAUUCCUGUAUUUUUUUUUUAUACAAACGGCUUCCAAUCCAUUGGGUAUGUUUGAGAAAGUCCCGCUGGCGGUCAUCACGAGUGCCUUUCACAGUUAUUCCAUCCAAUAUACCUCUGGAAAGAGAAGCAUGUAUUUAUACAGCUGUAGCAUUUAUAUUCCCUCUGGGUGGAUGCUGUAUACUUGUUUUGUAAAUAAAGUUGUGUUGUCAAAAA